AUGAAGAGGAGUUACGAUUCAAUGAAUUCUUCAAUUGAAAUAAGUUCUUACCGAGAUCAACAUUUUAAGGGAUCUAGAACUGAACAAGAAAAGCUACUACGAGCAUCAUCAACACUCUAUAUUGGAAAUUUGUCAUUCUAUACCACUGAAGAACAAAUCUACGAACUAUUCUCACGCUGUGGUGAUAUUCGUCGGGUUAUAAUGGGUUUGGAUAAAUAUAAAAAGACGCCUUGUGGCUUUUGCUUUGUAGAGUACUACGCAAGGCCAGAUGCAGAGAAUUGCAUGAGGUACAUAAAUGGUACAAGAUUAGAUGAUAGAAUUAUAAGAUGUGAUUGGGAUGCUGGAUUUAUUGAAGGUCGACAAUAUGGUAGGGGAAAGACUGGUGGACAGGUUCGUGAUGAAUAUCGUACAGAUUAUGAUGGUGGACGUGGAGGCUAUGGCAAAAUAAUUGCUCAGAAGGUUACACCAAAUACAUUAGAACGC